UCGCGCUCAGCUGCUCUUCUUCUUUGGUGUCAAUUCUGCUCUGCGCCGGGCCUUCCUAUGUUUAAUUGUUGCUUCGUGCUUGUUAGCUUGUUUGUUUCCAUAGAUCGAUCAUUCGUGGUCCUUGGGUUCAGCUUCCUGCCUCUCCUCUCCAGUUUCUUCCUGUUCAUGCUGCCACAAUGGGGUCAAUGGCACAAGGAACCCCCAUACUUGGACCGCGCGAAUUAAAAGAGCGAAAAAUAGUGUUCCUUUCUGAAACCGAACUGAUAAUAUCUGCUUCCAAGGCCAUGGUCCUAUUCAUCCUACCUGUCUUUCCCUUUUCUCGGGUCAUUUUGGUUUGCCACAGCUGCCUCUGCAGCUUCCUCUCUCUCUCGUUGCGGAUCUUCCCUCUCUUUUUUUUUUACCACGGAGCUCUGGUAGAUCUGUACCGUACUACUCGUACAAAUCUCCUUUUUUUCCAGGCUCAAAUCGCCCCACCACGGCCAGUACCUUCUCUUGGUCGGUCUAAUCACGAAUUAGUUCCACGCCUGUACUGUACAAUCAUCUCUGGAAGAAAAAGAAGUCGUCAGUUUGGGCGGUGCUCGUUCCGUUCACGCGCGGCCAAGGCCACGCGCUUGACCUGCAGGGCUGCAGCGAGGUCAAGAAAUUCCCAGGAACUCACGAGCUGUCACCUGUAUUAUACGGCUAGUACAGAGCAGCCAUCACCACACAGUAAAAAAAGAAAAGAAAAACACCGUGGUGAUUUUCUGUCUCAAUCCUCGGUAACGAGCUACGUCACCGGCGUACUGUUUCACCGCCGCGGUUUGGUUUUUGGUACGGGUCGUCAGAGAAAUUCAGAGGCUUUCACAUGCCCAACAGAGGGGUUGAUUUCGUCAACGUUGUACGGGUCGACGGUGACUAGAAUGUAGAACCUUUGCUUUGCCAACGAUUUCUGGAACAUGUUCGACGUUAUCGCUGCUUUGAUUCCAUUUUCCUCCCCUUGAUCUUCUACAGCUUUUCUUAUCCUUUCUCUUUCAGUCACUGAUCUCACCUACUGUUUGCGCUCACUUGUCAAAGAUCUAUUCUGACACUAUCAUUUGGCAAUGUAAUCCGGGUUUGGCAUGGAGGACGGCGUGUUCUGCGGCGUCUUCGACGGGCACGGCCGAUGCGGGCAGUUCGUGAGCAAGCUGGUGCGGGACUACCUCCCCUUCAUGAUCCUCAGCCACCGGAACGCGCUCUUCCUGGGCGCCGGCGACGACGACGACGAGCCGGCCUUCAGCGACGCGUCGCCGUCCUCGUCCACGGACGGCAGCGGCGGCGGCUCGUCGCCGUCGCCGGCGCAGCUGCUGGAGGAGUGGCGCGAGGCCUGCGCCAACGCGUUCGAGGCCAUGGACAAGGAGCUCAGGCUCCAGCCCAACCUGGACUGCAGCUUCAGCGGCACCACCGCCGUGUGCGCCAUCAAGCAGGGCCGGGACCUCAUCGUCGCCAACCUCGGCGACUCCCGCGCCGUGCUCGCCACCAUGUCGGACACGGGCUACCUCACCGCCGUGCAGCUCACCACCGACCACAAGCCCAACCUGCCUCGCGAGGCGGAGCGGAUCAAGCGGUGCGACGGGCGCGUGUUCGCGCUCAAGGACGAGCCGUCGGUGGCGCGCGUGUGGCUCCCCGGCGAGGACUGCCCGGGGCUGGCCAUGGCGCGGUCGCUGGGGGACCUGCGGCUGAAGCGGCACGGCGUGGUGUCGGAGCCGGAGGUGGCGCACCGCCGCGUCGGGCGCGGGGACCUCUUCAUCAUCCUGGCCACGGACGGCGUGUGGGACGUGCUGAGCAACGAGGAGGUGGUGUCCAUCGUGUGCGCCACGCCGCGGAAGCAGCACGCGUCCAAGGCCGUGGCCGAGGCCGCCGCGCAGCGUUGGCGGACCAGGUACCCGUCGUCCCGCGCCGACGACUGCUCCGCCGUCUGCCUCUUCCUGCGGGACCCGGACUGGGGCACCAGCGUCGCCGCCGCCAAGGCCAAGGCAGCGGCAGCAGCCGCCGCCGCCGCGAGAAGCUAGCUAGGUGCUGGUGCCCGCGCCGGCGCUCUUGCUCUGCCGUUCGGGAGGUGCUCCGGCGAUAGUGUAACUAAGUGCUGUAACAUAGUGGUAAUUAAGCUCUUGAUCUGUGUUUUUUUUUGGAAAAAAAAAGGCAAAGGAGAUGAGGAGGGGAAUGGGCGGGUAAUUCUCAGUUUUGACUCUUGAUCGGUGAUCAGCUGACCACGGUGACAGGGGGAAACAAGGGAGCGGGUGGCGGGAACGCCGUUUGUACUCUAUGUAAUGUUAUCAAUUGGAGUGCUUUUUUGAUGUUGUCGGAAAAA